AUGGCUACCCUCAUCCGCCCUCCGCCCGUCGACCAUUCGCAAUCCGAGAUCGAAAAUGUCCUCGAACUGACCCAGUUGUCCGACAUCGACCCCAAUCUCUUCACCAACACGCGUCCGCUAUGGCAUCCACCUGGUGCGCGCGGCAUCUUCGGAGGCGCCGCCAUCGCCCAGACGCUGAGUGCAGCCCAGAAGACGGUUGACCCUGACUUCACUGUACAUUCCAUGCACUGCUACUUUGUGCUUGCUGGCAACGCAGAGAUACCCAUCAUAUACCAUGUAGAGAGGGUGCGAUCGGGAAAGUCGUUUGCCACGAGGACCGUCCAGGCGCGACAACGCGGAAAGGUCAUCUUCACAACUACUAUGAGUUUCGUGCGCCAGAACAGCGGAGGAGCAAAAAAGGUCGAGCACGUCACUCCCAUGGCAGACGUACCGGGUCCCAACGAGGGCAUGGACGACAUGGAACAUCCCAGCGGCCACAGCCCCUUCCAGAGUCAGAGAAUGCCAAUCGAGAACGACGACUCCGAUAAGCCUCACACCAAGAAGUGCCGACAGUGGGUGAAGGCACGCGGUCGCAUCUCCCCCGCCGGCGGCCACGAAGCCCAUCUCUCUGCUAUUGCCUACAUGUCUGACAGCUACUUCAUCGGCACCAUCGCGCGCACCCACAAGUUAUGGCGCUAUUCCACACAACGCAAGAGUGCCGCAAAGUCUAGCAUUGACGAAGACGUGCUCAAGACACUGCUGGAGAUGGAUGACGCUGAGCUGAAGCGCCAGAAGUUUGUCGACGAGGCAGAUAUCCAGCGCAUCCAGCGUAUAAAGAAUGGCGAAGACCGGUCAAAGGACACUGACGCGCCGCCUGAGAUUGGCAUGAUGGUCAGUCUUGACCACACCAUCUACUUCCACAACCCUCGCAGCUUCCGGGCUGACGAGUGGAUCUUCACCGAGAUGGAGACACCCUGGGCUGGUGACGGCCGUGGACUUGUCUUCCAGAGGAUGUACACCCAAGACGGCACACUCAUUGCGAGCUGUGUACAAGAGGGCCUCGUUCGGCUUAAGCAGAACGACAGCAAGCUGUAA